GGUCAUCUUGUCUCCGCACUGAAAUACAGUAUAAGUGUUUAUUAUCGUUAGUGACAAAUCACAAGUUAAUUUACAACGUAAAGUGCUUCAAGUAAAUUGUUACAACUGUGUGAACCGCUGUUUGAUAUAAUUUGGGUAAACAACGAUUGAAAUUGGCCGUAGUUUUGAAAUAACGAUAAGGAACCGUCAUUCAUACGUUAGCAGCAGCGUAUGAAUAUAGCCUUCCUGCCAGUUUAAUCAUCCUACAUGUCCAUGUGGUGUUAGCCGGCUGAUUGCAAGAACCAAUUAAUUAAAACCGUUAAGUUUACAAUAUUAGUCAGUAAUUCUACAAUAAAAUGCAUCAAGAAACACUCCGACUUAUACAAGUGCUAGAAAAAACUGUUUCUCCCGAUAAAAAUGAACUGGAGCAAGCAUCAACAUUUCUUGAGCAAGCUGCCGCCGCUAAUAUCUUAGAAUUUAUCAAGACUCUAUCCGAUAUCUUGCGACAUGGGGGCAACAGUCCCGUUGCUCGCAUGGCCGCCGGUCUCCAACUGAAAAACCAACUCACGUCCAAAGAUCCCAACAUCAAACAGUUAUGUCAACAGAGAUGGCUGUCGGCACCGGAGGAGAUACGCAACUACGUCAAGAAAAACGUCGUAGGGGCCCUGGGCACGGAGACCAACCGGCCUUCGUCAGCGGCCCAAUGCGUGGCUUACAUCGCUGUCACCGAAUUACCGCACCACCAAUGGCCCGACCUGAUCGUCACGCUAGUGAACAACGUAGUCCAACCAAACUCCACCGAAAUGCAGAAAGAAGCAACGCUGGAGACCAUCGGCUACAUCUGCCAGGAAAUCGACUCAGACGUGCUCGUUACCCAAUCCAACGACAUCCUCACGGCGAUCAUCCACGGAAUGCGCUCCACAGAGCCCAGCAAUCAUGUCAGAUUUGCGGCAACGCAGGCGUUGUUAAAUUCGCUCGAAUUCACUAAAGCUAACUUCGAAAAGGCAACUGAAAGGAAUUUCAUCAUGGAGGUGGUGUGCGAAGCCACUCAGUCGCCAGAUACGCAAAUUAAAGUUGCAGCGUUGCAAUGUUUGGUUAAAAUUAUGUCUUUGUAUUAUCAAUAUAUGGAGCCCUACAUGGGCCAAGCUCUCUUUCCCAUUACUUUAGAAGCGAUGAAAUCUGACAAUGAUGCCGUGGCGCUUCAAGGUAUUGAAUUUUGGUCGAAUGUUAGCGACGAAGAAGUGGAUUUGUCCAUCGAAGCCAAUGAGGCAGCGGAUGCAGGCCGGCCCCCAGCCAGAGUAUCACGCCACUACGCCAAAGGUGCGCUCCAAUUUAUCGUACCCAUCCUUCUGCAAAAACUAACGAAGCAAGAAGAGCUCGAUGACGAAGACGACUGGAACCCGAGCAAAGCUGCCGGCGUUUGUUUAAUGCUUUUGGCCACAUGCUGCGAAAACGAAGUUGUUCCACACGUUUUACCUUUUAUCAAAGAAAACAUAAAGUCUGAGAAUUGGCGAUUUAGAGAUGCGUCGCUUAUGGCUUUCGGCUCGAUUCUUGGCGGGUUAGAUAACACCACUCUUAAACCAUUGGUGGAGCAAGCCAUGCCAACCUUGAUAGAGCUGAUGUAUGAUAGUAGCGUUAUCGUGAGAGAUACUGCGGCUUGGACUUUCGGCCGAAUUUGCGAAAUUAUUCCCGAAGCGGCCAUUAACGAGAAUUAUCUUAAGCCCUUGCUGGAAAGUUUGAUUAAUGGACUUAAGGCUGAACCGCGAGUUGCGGCGAAUGUCUGUUGGGCGUUUUCUGGAUUGGCUGAAGCCGCCUACGAUGCAGCUGAAACUAACGAAGACACGGGAACUCCCGAUACGUACAUGUUGUCACAAUACUUUGAGUAUAUAAUUCAGCGGCUUUUGGAGACUACGGACCGUCCAGACGGCGCUCAAGCUAAUCUCAGACCGGCAGCCUACGAGGCUUUGAUGGAAAUGGUGAAGAAUUCACCGAAAGAUUGCUACGUCACCGUACAAAAGACAACAAUGGUGAUUCUUGAACGUUUGCAACAAGUUUUACAAAUGGAAACACACAUUACGAGCCACAAUGAUAGGUCACAGUUUAAUGAUCUCCAGUCGUUGUUGUGCGGAACACUUCAGUCGGUUUUGAGGAAAGUUACACCAGAGGACGCGCCGCAAAUAUCCGACGCCAUCAUGACUGCUAUGCUGACCAUGUUCAACUCGAAUUCGUGCAAAAGUGGAGGUGUACAAGAGGACGCACUGAUGGCAGUGUCAACCCUGGUGGAAGUCCUCGGUGAAGGUUUCAUCAAAUACAUGGACGCGUUCAAGCCGUUUCUUUACAUCGGCCUUAAAAACCACCAAGAGUACCAAGUUUGUGGUACCGCAGUCGGUCUAACCGGUGACAUUUUCCGCGCUCUCAAACUAAAAGCUCUUCCUUAUUGCGACGAAAUCAUGACUCUUCUGCUCGAAAAUCUCGGCGAUCAAUCGGUCCACCGUAGCGUCAAGCCACAGAUUCUUUCAGUGUUCGGCGAUAUCGUCCUAAGUAUCGGCCCCGAAUUCAAAAAAUACCUCGAUGUUGUUCUCACAACACUAGCGCAGGCGUCGCAGGCACAAGUCGAUAGAGAUGAUUUCGAUAUGGUCGAUUAUUUGAACGAAUUACGCGAAGGUGUACUUGAUGCUUACACGGGCAUUGUACAGGGUUUAAAAGGCGAUGGCCCGACACCUAAUCCCGACGUUUUGAUUCUCGAACCGCACAUUCCUUUCAUCGUUCAAUUUAUAACCGUGGUGGCACAAGACACGUUCAAUUCUGAUGCCACGGUUGCGGUGGCUGCCGGAUUGGUGGGGGAUCUCUGUACGGCUUUUGGAGCACCACUUUUACAACUCCUGGAUUUGGAGCCGAUCAACGAGAUGUUGGCGAAAGGCAGACGAAGUGGAACUAAUCGUACUAGAACUUUGGCCACUUGGGCUACGAAGGAGUUGCGCAAGUUGAAGGCUAAUUCGACGGCCGCUGUAGCUAGUUGAUUUUCUUUGGCAUGUUGUGGUUUAACAGAAGGAAAUCUAACGAAGGUGUGGUCAACGGCAUCGAUAUUGGAUUCGCAUUAUACAUAAAACCAAAAUUCUUGCAGACUUUAGUUUUCGUUUUGGCUGAGUCGGACCAGUUUUGCUCAUCUCUCGGUUGAGUAAAGCUGGUCAGCUAGUUUGACAUGGUAUUGUUCCCCAAUACUUUCGGUUUUCGGGGUGCAGAGUGAGUGCUGAUGCAUAUGGACUCUUGAUAAACUGUGAGUGCUAAUCGUAGCUGUGAACGCUUGUGAAUAGUGUCUGAAUCUUCGCCUGGUUUCGUGAAAGGCGGUUUAGCUCAAGACUGAAGAGUGAAGUGGUGUCUCCUCUAUCACUUGUUGCGUCUUUUACGUUCGUCUUCACUUUAGUGUUGUACUUGAUUACAAUAAAAGCAUUUGUCUAUUUCACAUAUCGAAUUAAUCAUAAGUAGUUAUUUUUAUAAUGGUCUUUGGUGAAGAAAUUACCUAUGCACUGCAGUCAGACAGAAGUAAUCUUAAAAUCCUGAUUUAUUAUUGCUUCUUUGUUUCGCUGAAGUUGUGUGUAAUUUCAUUGCGGAAAAAAGCAAAACACGCUCUGGUGCUUCUUUAGAUUUUGCGAAUUUAUAUUAACUUUUCUCUUAAAAAGCAAAAGACUGCGAUAAUCAAAAACUGUCCAGAGGAGCGUGUUUCGGUUUUUCCCUGGUUGAUUUUUUUGAAACAAUUUCCAAUUCACUGAAUUCAUACUCAGGAAAUUUGAGAAUAAUAAAUCUUGUGACUGGUAUUUUUUAUGAAAGAUUUUUGUGAGGCCUGAUUGUGCCUUGCGUGGGUGGUGUAUGAAAAUUUUCGAGUUUUUCGUAUAAGUCGACACGCUGAUUAAAUAUACGAAAGUGCUUGAAAGGGAGGGUGGGUAUCGCAACAAAGUAAAAAAGAAUCUGUGAUUUGAGAAGGUUUCUGUAGUUGCCAAAACACGAAAAAGAUACAUUCAAAUUCCAUUAGUUUUUUAAAUGCGUAUAACGAAACCUUCUCAAUGUUUUCGUAAUUAUAAUUCUAGAAUUAUAAUUAUAAAUUCCUUGUAUGUGUGAUAUUUUUCCGUGGGCAAUAUUGAAAUAAACCAAUUUUUGUGUUUAUUUUUAUCACUAGUCCAUUAAGCGACCUUCGUUGUUUUGGAAGGUACAUUAGCGAUGGGUUAUUUUAACUAUUGCCCACGUCUGGGUUCAAAGGCUGUAUGAAAUCACUUGUAUAGUAUGUAAGUAGUGUGGUUGUAUAUUUUGUAUGUACGAAGUAUGAAGAAUUUUAUUAUGAAGUAGUGUAAGAAUUUCUACUGGCCUAAAUUAUUUAUUGAAGCUUCUAACUGUUUUAUGCACACCGAGAUAUUUAAUUUUAAAAAGCUCAUUUUUAUGGUUUUGUGAACCAGCCAAAGUGUGAUUUUAAUCCAUGAUCUUUUUAAAAUUAUUUCGAAUUCUACGAAUGUUCAUGUGCAAAAAGGUUGCGUUACAAUUAAUUGGAAGGGUUUUGAGUGGAAAUGUUUAUGGUUGCAUAUUUUAUUGGUUGAAUGUUUUGUUUUGAUUGUGCCAUGUUGAUUGUUAAUCUGUAAUCACCCCAAACGCGCCGAUGUUUGACAAUAUGGUUUUCUGUGUGUUCUGAAGACUGAAUUUAUUAAUUAAAUAGCCUAGUAAAGCUCAAAUGCCGUAUGAAAGUUGACGCAAAAUGCGGCUUAUUCCAAACUUGGUAUUGUCGAACACCGGUUACUUUUCUUCUUUUCCCUUAAAAAUGUUACCAUGUCUAGGGUGCCUAUUGACCAAUUCAUCAAAAUUGUAUUAGAUUUUAAUUUUGUUAAGUUAAAUUCCCUGCACGCCUUUUCAGUUAGGAUAUUUCACUUUUUAAAUUCCCUCCCAAACGCUUGGGAUCACUCCCGCAGAAUUGGGAUUUUUGUAGUUGUACGGAUAAUAAAUGUUUCCUUUCUUUA